ACAGUCCCCUCCCUCAAUCAAUUCUAUUUCUCCCAACUUUUUCCCUCAAAAACAACAACACAUCCCAACCCAUCUCUCUCUCUUUUCCGGCGUUUACGCCUGUAACCCCUUUUUACGUUUUACUGCAAAGUCCUUCCCCUUCUUUCUUUUUCAAUCUUUCAAUCUUUUUAUUCUCCGUCGUAAUAUUUCGUUCUUUCGUUCAUAUCUAUCUAUCUAUCUGCUACUUGUUUUUCUUUUCUGCUUUUCAUUAAUUUUUCUUCUUCUCCCCAAUUUGCUUAUCUGCUUCCUCGGAUUCCUUACCGCUUCCCUGAUUUCACCGUUAUGACCUUUUCCCCAUUCAUUUUCUGAGAUUUUCCGAGGGUUUCCGAGAGAUGGCGAACGAAGGAAGUAAUACUGAGACCUUAGCUCCCGCGGAGCCACAUCUGUUCGAGAACCGGCACGUUGAUGCUAGCCAACAUCAUCAAACUUCGUAUGCUCCCGCUACAACUGGGUCUGAAGCCGCAUCAUGGACUGUUCAUAGCUCUACAGGAAAUGGGAUCUAUUCUAAUCCAACCUACCAGUAUGAUCAACAUCCACAGCCGCCUGCAAGAAGCAUUCAAGAUGGACACAAUGUAUCAUCAGUUGCUGGUAAUUCAUCAAAUUUGGGAACAGCUAAUGUAACCCAAGAUUACAAUGCAUACGCAUCAUACCCAAGUUCUUCUAAUCCAUAUGGUUAUGGCAGCAUGGGAUACUCGGGCUACUAUAACAACUAUCAGCAGCAGCCUAAUCAUACCUAUUCACAGCCUGUAGGAGCAUAUCAAAACACAGGUGCUCCUUAUCAGCCUAUUUCCUCCUUUCAGAAUACUGGGUCUUAUGCUGGAUCUGCAAGUUAUUCAAGCACUUAUUACAAUCCUGCUGAUUAUCAGACUACUGGAGGUUACCAAAACAGCAGCGGAUAUGGAAAUCAAGCGACUGUGUGGAACAAUGGCAGUUACUCUUCUCAUCCGUAUACUAAUUACACCCCAGAUUCCAGUGGUUCCUAUAGUUCUGGUGCUGCCACUACUUCAUUGCAGUAUCAGCAACAGUACAAACAGUGGGCAGACUACUACAAUCAAACAGAAGUCAGCUGUGCACCUGGGACAGAGAACUUAUCUGUCGCUAGUUCAUCUGCUUUGGGUUGCCCUAUUCCUGCAGUUACUAGCGGUUAUGCAACUCCAAGUAGCCAGCCACCACAAUCAUAUCCACCAUUUUGGAGGCAAGAGUCCAGCUCUUCUGCUAUACCUUCUUUUCAGCCUGCUGCAGUAAAUGGUGGUGAUCACGAUGGUUACUGGAAACAUGGGCCCCAAAGUUCUCAGAUACAACAAACUAAUCCUAUUCAGCCAAACUAUCAAAGUCCUUUGGAUUUAAAAUCUUCUUAUGAUACAUUUCAGGAUCAACAGAAGACUCUAUCUUCUCAAGGAACCAAUUUGUACCUCCCUCCUCCUCCUCCGCUGCCUCUCCCCUCUCAACAGGUAAACUUGUCACCUGUACAAAGUGCUCCAUCUCCAGAUGCAAAACGGGUAAGCAAACUUCAAAUUCCUACAAAUCCACGAAUUGCUUCAAAUUUGACAUUUGGACAGCCCAAAGCCGAAAAGGAUGGGUCUUCAACUGUUUCUGCUCCGAAACCUGCGUAUAUUGCUGUUUCGUUACCAAAGCCAGCUGAGAAAGUAUCAUCUAACGAUGCUGCUAAUUCCAUACUUAAGCCUGGUAUGUUUCCCAAGUCUUUACGUGGCUAUGUGGAAAGAGCUUUGGCUCGUUGUAAAGAUGAUAAGCAAAUGACUGCAUGUCAGGCAGUCAUGAAGGAGAUGAUAACUAAGGCAACAGCUGAUGGUACCCUCAACACACGAAAUUGGGAUAUGGAACCACUUUUCCCAAUGCCAGAUGCAGAUGUGAUCAAUAAAGAUAGUUCACUGUCAUCAGCUCAGGAUUCUUUGUUGCCAAAGUAUAAAAAAAGUCCUAGACGAUCUAAAAGUAGGUGGGAGCCCAUGCCUGAGGAGAAGCCAGUUGACAAUCCAGUGUUAAUGAGUAAUGAUGCUGUGAAGUUCAAUAGUUGGGUGCCUAAUGCAAAGGACAGAAAGGUGGCAAUGGAAAACAAAGAAAGCAAGGAGGACGUGUUGAGGAAUACUAAAUUUUCUCCAUUACUGCAGAGAAUGUCUAGUAAGGCUCUCCAAAGGCCAUUUAAGAAGCAGCGUCUUACUGAUGCUUCUAUUGUUUCUGAAAAUGGUGAUGCAUCUAGUGAUAGUGACAAGGAACAAAGUUUGACUUCGUAUUAUACUUCUGCAAUGGCAUUUAGUGAUACACCAGAGGAAAGGAAGAGACGCGAAAAUCGUUCCAAAAGAUUUGAUUUACAAGGCCAUCGAACAGAAAAUAACCACUCUAGGAAAAAACAUGCUGGAGCUGGAAACUUGUACAAUAGAAGGGCUAGUGCCUUGGUUCUGAGCAAAAACUUUGAGGAUGGUGCCAGCAAAGCUGUUGAGGAUAUUGACUGGGACGCUCUGACUGUGAAGGGCACUUGCCAGGAAAUUGAAAAGCGAUACCUGCGUCUAACUUCUGCCCCUGAUCCUGCCACUGUACGACCUGAAGAGGUUCUUGAGAAAGCUCUAUUGAUGGUUAAGAAUUCCCAGAAGAAUUACCUUUAUAAAUGCGACCAGUUAAAGUCCAUUCGCCAAGACCUAACUGUUCAACGAAUACGCAAUCAGUUGACAGUCAAGGUGUAUGAAACACAUGCCCGAUUGGCACUAGAAUUUGGGGACUUGCCUGAAUAUAAUCAGUGUCAAUCUCAGUUAAAAACUCUUUAUGCCGAAGGAAUUGAGGGCUCGGAUAUGGAAUUUGCGGCUUACAACUUGCUUUGUGUUAUUAUGCAUUCAAAUAAUAACAGAGAUCUCGUGUCAUCAAUGGCCAGGUUGUCACCCGAAGCAAAGAAGGAUGAAGCUGUAAAACAUGCCCUUGCCGUUCGUGCUGCUGUAACUUCAGGAAAUUAUAUUGCAUUCUUUAGACUGUACAAAGCAGCUCCUAACUUAAACACCUGCCUUAUGGAUCUAUAUGUUGAAAAGAUGCGUUAUAAGGCUGUGAACUGCAUGUGCCGGUCAUAUCGCCCAACUCUACCUGUCUCGUACAUUUCUCAGGUUCUUGGGUUUUCGACUGGAGGUGCCAUAAAUGGAGCCAGUGACGAAAGAGAUACAGAUGCUUUGGAAGAGUGUUCAGAAUGGUUGAAAGCACACGGUGCUAGCAUAAUUACUGAUAAUAAUGGAGAUACACUACUUGAUGCUAAAGUUUCAGCAUCUUCUCUGUGUAUGCCUGAGCCAGACGAUGCUGUUGCCCACGGAGAUACCAAUCUUGCUGUUAAUGACUUUUUAGCACGAGCACCUUUAUAGCCAAGUUUAUUGUUUUUGAGGCACAGAAUGAUAUGUGAUAUGACGUGGUGGGUAGAACAAAGGCUGUGUGAUGGAUGGUCGUGUAACUUAGAGUCAAACCUUGGGAUUAGUAAGUGGAAUAUAAUGAACUGUGGGAAGAGAAAAAUAUGAAGCCGCCUAAGGUUCCAAUGAAUACGUAACAUACAUACAGCCUUAAAUAUUGAUUGAUUAAUUGUUUUGAUGCUUACUAUUCUUUCCUGGAGAAAGGUCAGGACUAUAGGUGCAAUGCAAUGUAAUUUAGCUCUCAAAAUAGUUAUAAAAUUUCCCUCUCAUUUUUGUACGAGAAUGUCUUCUGUACUUUAGACAAUUUCAAAUAUUCAUAUUUUAUAUAAAAAA